AUGGUAUAUCCAUGUAGUGGCUCAGCAGCGCAGACCCGAGAGAGAGGCGAAGCCAAGGCCGCAGCACCGCUGUGCUUCCGAGUUGUCGCCAUGCCCCAGCAGCAGCCCGAAGCAAAAUGUCUCUAUAUCCUGACCGAAAGCCCGGCCGGCUGGCCCCUGGCCACCGUCAUCGACGCCUUCGGCGAGUUGGCUGCUGACACUGCUUGUAAUCCAGGUCGUGCUAAUGUAGCUCUUGAGGCGGUCAGCCGUCGGCUGGUGCAGCUCUGGGCCUCGCAGCCGGCGGAGGCCGAGGCCUGGCUCCAGCGCUGCCGGGAGCGCUUCGCAACAGAGCUCGCAUGCAAGGUGACGAGGCCGGAGCUGCUCAGCGAGGCGCUGCUCCAGCACGGCGCGGCCGAGUUCGACAAGUAUGGGUGGGGCCACUGGCGCUUCUCCGAGGCCGAGCUCCUGCGAGAGCCGCGCGGCUCAGCAGCGGUGCGGGAGGUGGAAGCGGCUCGGUACCUGCAGGAUCCGUACACCCGCGCUCGCUGCCGGGAGCUCGGGGAGCGGCUCAGACAGGCCGAGAGCCAGGAGACGGCGAGGAAGCGGCAGAAGCUCGAGGAGACUUCCGAGCGCCGGCACCUCGAGGCGGAGCUCCACAAAUCGCAGGAGGAGGGCCGAGAGCUGCGCAAUCGCCUGGCUGCGGCGGAAGUGGAGGUGUGCAGCAAGGCUGCGGACCUCCAAAGUGCGCAGAGCGAGAGUGCCGGGUACAAGGAGCAGUGCAAGGAGUUAGAGCACCGUGCGAAAAGUGCGGAGUCACUCGUGGCGGAGAUGCGGGAGGAGCUCCAGAAGGUGCAGGACGAGCAUUGCAAGUGCCAGAAGCUCUGCGAGGAUCUUGCGAAUCGCUUGGAGGCGGCAGUGGCUGAGCAUGCCGAGGCCAAGGAGCGUUUGGCGCACGACACCGCUGAAAAGCUGCUGGACUUGCAGCAGGAGCAGCAGCAAGACCAGAGCUGCAGCUGCCAGGCAUGCUGCUUCCCGAUUUCGGGAGAAGAGUUGAGCAAGGCCGAGCUGCAGCUGGAGAAGGCAGUUCUGCAGGAGAGAUGUGAGCAGCUCAGACAGCAGCUUGCCAAAGCAGAGGCGAAGGUGGAUCUCCUGCAAGGGCUUCGGGAAGAGAUCGGCAUGUACAAGGAGCGCCUUCGUGUGUUAGAACUAGAACGCCCGGUUGUGGAGGCCAAGAAGAGCCAUCGCUUGGGCGGUGGCAUCCCGGGUCAUCUCACUCCGAAACAUCACGGCCCAGCUCCGGGCGACGUCUUGGAGAAUCAGGAUCCGGAUCUUGCCGAGGAGUUGGGGUACAGCUUUGUUGUGGACGAGGACUCCACCUCCGUCCGGAGUGGGUCCUCCGUUUCCUUGGUGAAGGAGAACUGCUUCAUGUUGGAUGCCAUCUUCAAGAGCCGCAUGGACUUCUACUGCGAGGGGAGGGACCUCCAGAAAGGGUCGCAGGUCCUGGCUGGCGAUGGCAAAACUGUUCUUGAGGUGGUCGAGAUCUCCAAGGAGGGACGAGCUGCGGAAGUGGUCGACUUGCGGGCGGGCACUGCAACCCUGCGGGUGACCCCGGACCAUCCCGUGCACGUCCCCAAUGAAGGUGGCGAGGCGGGCCGGCAGCAAGUUGAAGGCGGGCGACUUUGUGAUGAUCGACUCGGAAAAGCCGGUUGCGAUCACAAGUGCAGAGGCGCAGGCCAUGGAGUGCAAGGUCUUGAAGAUCGUCUUCAAGCCAGACUUGCCGGUAGCCGUCUUCUCCAGCCCAUCCUGCAUCCUCAGCAAGGAACACAAGAAGAAAUCGCAGGUGCGCCGCAGUGGCAUGGGCGGGAGAGGCAAGGACUCGGCGGAUCCGAUGGAUGGAGGAGCCUCGAUUCCAGACACGGCGGCCGGGGAGUACAUGGACUGAGCCUAUAUACUAGCACCGCCCGAUGUGCGAAAGCUGUGCCGAGAGCCCACGAAUUCGCAGAGUUCCGCAACUUUUCAAGCAGCUGA